AUGUUACGAUUAAGUUUAACCUUGAUGAGAAGAAAUGUAUUUCGAUUUUCUAUGCCAUUUAUGCCAUUCUCAACCGAUAAAGAACCUCCAAAAGGUAUUUUUGCUUAAUCAAAAAUGUAGGAUUUUAAAAAUUUUAGAGGAAAUCUAAAAUUUAAUAAGAACAAAAAAACCAGGAUGAGAAGGAACAAAAACACGAAUUAGAAGAGAAAAAAGAAUAAAAUGAAGAGGUGAUUAAAGAAGAGGAAGAAAUGAUUAAGGAAAAGUAAGAGGACAAAGAAUAAUAAUAAGAAAGUAUUGAGUGAAUUAAAUUAAUUUUAGUCGAAAAACCUUAAAAAAAGAAGUAUCAGUUCACAUAUGAUCCAAAAACAUUUAAUUUAUAAGAUGAGAACAAGAAGGAAGAUAAUUAAGAGAAAUAAGAAAAAUAAGAGUAAUAGCAAGAUAAAUAAGAUGUAAAGGAGGAAGAAAUAAAAGAAGAGUAGCAAUAAAAGUAGUAAUCUUAGAAGAAAUCUCCAUUGUCUAAUUUAAAUUAUUAAAAAUUGCUUGAAUAUUUCAACAAUCCUAAAAAUCGAAAAUAUGUUUAUAUGUUCCUUGGAGUUGGUGGUUUAGCUGCUUUAUAUUUGUAUUCAAAUUAGGAUGAGGAAAUCACUUAUACAGAUUUCUUGAAAAACUAUUUAGAGACUAGUCAAGUGAAUUAGAUAACUAUAUUUAAGAAUGAAAUUAGUAGAGUUAAUUAGGCAUCGAUCAGCACAUAAAGUGGAAUAUCAAAAAGAUUGAUGAUAAUGAAUGUAGAUAACUUUUUAGAAAAUUUAGAAAGAUUUUAGACUGAAAAAGGAUUGAGUCCUGAAUAAUUCAUACCUGUUACUUUUGAGGCAUAAUUAGAUAAAGGUAAAUUAUUGGACAGAGUAUUGAAUAUCUUAUACUUUGGUGUCACAGUUACAUUAGUAAUAGUCUUAUUUUAAUCACUUAAAGGUAGUAUGGGAAAUAUAAAUAAAGGAAGUGGUGGAGCUGGAGGAAAUGAUGUAUUUGGAUUUGGUAAAUCUAAUGUAAAGUAAUUUGGAUUUGAAUAAAAUGUGAAAGUCAAAUUUAAGGAUGUUGCUGGAUUAGAUGAAGCUAAAUUAGAAAUAAAGGAAUUUGUUGAUUUUUUAAAGAAACCUCGUAAAUAUAAGGAAAUGGGUGCAAAAUUACCAAGAGGAGCAUUAUUAACAGGACCUCCUGGAACUGGUAAAACAAUGGUGGCAAAGGCAUGUGCUGGAGAAGCAGGAGUUCCAUUUUUUUUUGUAAGUGGUUCAGAUUUUGUUGAAAUGUUUGUUGGAGUAGGAGCUAGUAGAGUUAGAGAUUUAUUUAAAUAAGCAAAAGCUAAAUCUCCAAGCAUCAUAUUCAUUGAUGAAAUUGAUGCUGUUGGUAGAAAAAGAGAUGCUAAAUUUGGAGGUAAUGAUGAAAGAGAUAAUACAUUAAAUUAAUUAUUAGUAGAAAUGGAUGGAUUUGGAACUGAUACUAAUGUUAUUGUUUUAGCUGCUACUAAUAGAAAAGAAUUACUUGAUCCAGCAUUAACAAGACCUGGUAGAUUUGAUAGAUCAGUAGAUAUAUCAUUACCAGAUAUUGAAGGUAGAAAAUAGAUAUUUAUGGUUCAUUUGGCACCUUUAAAAUUAGAUCCAAGAAAAACUAUGGAAGAUUAUGCAAGAAGAUUAGCCACUUUGACUCCAGGAUUUAGUGGAGCUGAAAUUGCUAAUCUUUGUAAUGAAGCUGCUAUCAUGGCAGCUAGAGCUAAUAAAAUAUAUGUUGAUUCUGAUGAUUUUGAAAUGGCAUCAGAAAGAGUGAUGGCUGGUUUAGAAAAGAAAAGAACCAUAAGUGAAGAAGAAAGAAAGAUUGUUGCAUAUCAUGAAUCUGGACAUGCUGUUGUCAGUUGGUUUUUAUAAGGAGGACAUCCUUUACUUAAACUUACAAUAAUUCCCAGAAGUAAAGGUACUUUGGGAUAUGCAUAAUAUUUACCAAAUGAAUCAAAUUUGGAAUCAAAAGAAGAAUUAUUGGAUAGAAUCUGUUGUAUUUUAGGAGGAAGAAUUGCAGAGGAGAUAUUUUUUGGAUAAAUAACAACUGGUGCUUAUGAUGAUUUAAAGAAAGCUUAUGAAAUCACUCAUAAUAUUGUAACAAAAUUUGGUAUGAGUGAGAGUAUUGGUUAUAUUGGAUUUUAGGAAGGUGAGUUUCUAAAGUCUUAUAGUGAUAACACCAAUAAAAAGAUAGAUGAUGAAAUAAAGUAGAUUAUAGAGGAUUAAACUUAGAGAACUCGAUUUUUGUUGAGAGAGAAGAAAGAAUUUGUUGAUAAGUAAAUUUAAUAAGUAAUUAUAGUUUGGCAACAAGAUUAUUAGAGAAGGAAACUUUAGAUUUAUAGAAAAUCAUAGAGAUUUUAGGAGAACGACCUUUUCCUCCUCGAUCUAAUUAUAAGGCAUACUUAGAAAUUAAAAAGGAAGACUCUAAAUAGGCUUCUGAAUGA